AUGAGAUCAACAAUUGCGUGCGAAAGAUAUGUAGAUGCAGGCUGCCUCAAAAGCGGUAAUACAGAGACAUGUACUCUAAGUGGUCCUAUUAUCGGACAGGGUUCAUCGGUGUCUAAACCCCGACCUGCAAAGAGACAGCGACUCAGUGUACAUCAGACACCAACUACAGAUUCAUCAGAGAAUGUCUGGCAAGACGUCAAUGCAGUCUUUGAACAAACUCCACGGACACAAAUAAUCACUGCUAUUAAUCUGUUUCGAUCACAAUUUCCAGAGUUUGGCUUUCUUCAUCCUGAUGAUCUGGAAUAUCGCCAAGAUGAACUCACUACUGUGCAGAAACUACGACUCCUUGUUAUUCUUACCGUCUCGCAUCGAUACUCCCCUACUCAUAAUUCAGAGACAAAUAACAGAAACAUACUGUUCAUCGCCGGCGAGGCACAGAAGAGAGUCACGAGUGGCCCAAACCUAUCUCUCAUCCAGACCUUUCUCAUCCUCUCACUCUGCAACUGGGGCGAUGGCGACGGUUUCAACGCAUGGAUGCACUGCGGUAUGGCUACAAGAAUGGCCCAGGGCUUACUAAGUACCGGAUUUGCAAGCUGUGGCAAGAGAGAGACUCUUUCGGAACUUGAGAAAAGAACUUUGUGGACGUGUUUCAAGAUGGAUAGGCUUUUAAGUUGUGGAAAGCGACGACAGGCUAUGUUUCCUGAUGAAGAGAUGCAUUUUUCUCUUCCUGUCAAUGAUACGCAGUUCCUUUUUGGACAACCCUCUCAGAGUGAUGAUCUAGACACAAGUCUAAGGAUUUAUGGACCGGAUGAUUAUCUCGUUCUCCUCAUUCAAGGUUUGAGGAUCUGGUCGAGAGUUCAUACGUGGAUUGCCGAGGGUGGAAGAAGACAGCCUGGCAUGGCUGAGCCGGAACAGUGUCCCUUCAACGAAACCUCAUACUGGCAUAACAUGAGAAAAGAUCUGUUUGAGUGGAGGGAUUCUCAGAGUGCUCUUAUGAAGUAUCCUGGGACAAAGGUAUCGGUGCAUGCCCAAAGAGGGCAAGCUGAGAGGUUUGGAUACAUCAAUCUGGUUUACUACGUCAGAGAAUACGUUCCCUUCAGUCCUGUAGACGAAGUCAAACCCCGUGGCCCAAUUGAACCACCACUCCUCAAAGCCCGCGGACCAGACUUAUUCUGGGUCCAAAAUGUUGCCGAGCUCUACGACGCAGCAACACAAAUAUCUUCUCUGCUGUCAGACCUUGAACACGUAGGAUGUCCCAUCCGCACACCCUUCUCUGGCGUGUGUGCCUUUUCGUCUACUCUAUGGAAUUUAUACGGCGCCGCGUUCCCCGUUUUUAUGGGAUUCACAGAGGAGCAAGUAAACGAGGCGGAUGCCCAGGCUGAGAGAACGAUGAGUAUUCUUGUUAGAAUAGGCCAAGUCUGGGGCCUUGCGAAAGAAUGGAUCGAAGUUCUCGACACGGCGAAGAAUAUAAUGACGAGAGGCGAGGCAAGACGAGUUAAAAGGUCGAGGUAUGAUUAUCCCGAGUUGGAGGAUUCGAUACAUCUUGCACCAAUGCAGGGAAUGCCGCGGCAGACAUUUGAUCCUCUUACCUCAACUUCUGCCAACGCUGCAGGUGAUGAAGCUUCGAAGUUACAUCAGCUAGUAGCUGGAGAUCUUGAGAAAGGGACGGAAGUACAGGAGGUAGGGUUGAGUGAUGAGAUGCUGAGUGGGGGCGAGUUGGCAGAUGAGGACUGGUGGAGGCUUUUGUCGUUUUGUGAUGACCCGCAUCUUCUUUCGACGAGUUUUGACGACGCAGGAGAAGGGCAUCCGAGUUAG